AACAGAUUGUGGGUAUUUUUAGAAACUUGCAAGGAAGAGGAUCGAUAUGUUUCCUUCUGUUUGUCGGUAUUCUUUUUAUCUUCAUUUGUGACGUUGUUAUUUUCUAAAAAACUUACGACUUACAUGAUGGUAAUAUGUAGUUUGACAAAAAUGAUUCCAUAAUGAUUUCAAACUGCAUCAUUGGACAGGACAACAUAUUUUCACUGUGAUAUUGGAGAUGAUAACACAAUAGCAAGAAAUGUCUGCAGACAUAUACCCUAAAGUGUCACUUCUAGAGGAGAGAUUGAAAUUUUGGAGGAAUGAAAUUGUACGAUGUCUGGACAAGCCAACAUUUCUAUCACAAUUGGCUGCUAAUGAUGUUUUCAACGAAGAUGAGAAGUCGAGGUUACAUGAGAUAUAUCAGAAUCGAACAACAACAGAAGCCGGAGAGGCUGUUCUGGACUCCUUUGGUAGAAGCUCUGCUCCAAAUAAGUGGAUGUCGUUCAUAAAUGCACUUGAACAAGAAGAGCUGGUAUACGUCAAGUCAUUACUGGUAGAAGACAAUGUAGGUUCGGAAGAGGACAGGUUAAGAGGUCGAAAACUGAUACGACUCUUUGGUCCGGAGCUAGAGAAAACUAUUAAUCCAAUAGACAUAAUAAGCAGCCUUGUUUCGAAGAAGGCUAUAACAGAAGUGAACCGCGAUGAAGUCCUUAAUCUAUGCCAAUCUAAAAGCAGGUUGUAUGGUAUAAUGUGCCUUCUACGCAGAAUGCAGUCUCAAUUACGACCAAGGGAAUGGUAUUACGCGUUCCUUUGCGCGCUUCGGGAUAACGACUACACCUCGGAGUGUGAACUUUUAGAACCUGAUUUCUUGGAAUGCCCUCAUAUGUUUGAUCCUGAAAAAAAUUGUGAAACAUCAACCGAUGGGAUUAAAGAACAGCAAAAUGCUUGUGGCGCGUCCGAAAAAAGAUCACAGUGCGAACAAUCUUUGGAAGGAACAGACAAGGCGAAAGAACGUUCAUCUAGUAGUACAGACUGCACGGAAGCGCUCGGUCUAAAAGGUCAAGACUCCGUACAUGAAGAUGAUGCUGUUCUUCAGUCGGACGAAGAUGAGCUUGAUUCUGAUUCCGAAUACAAAAACGAUUUUCAAAAUCCAAAACUUAAUCUGAGGGAUUACCAGUAUGAACUAGCUGAGCGAGCGAUUCAGGGCGAAAACACCAUCAUAUGUGCUGAGACAGGCACUGGCAAAACUUGGGUUGCAAUGCAUAUCGUGUCAGAGCACCUUAGUAAAGCGACGAAAGGAACCAGGAAAGUUGUAGUUAUGGCUCGGACUGGAAUUUUAAUUCGCCAGCAGUUUGAUAGAUUCAAGAAAGUUUUUCCAAAAUACAACACCAAGUUUAUAUCUGGAGGAGAAGAUGAAUCAGCGAUGCUUCAUGUGUUCGUGAAAGAUGCGGAUAUUCUUUGUUUCACUCCUCAGAUACUAGUUAACAAUUUAGAGAACGGGAACAUACCAAGUCUUGCUGUAUUUUCCUUGUUGAUAUUUGACGAAUGCCACCAUACAAAGGGUUCGGGAUCGUAUGGAGAGCUUGCAAGAAGAUAUCUUACGGAGAAAUUUGACAAGGUUGCUGGACUUCCACAGAUCGUUGGUCUCACUGCGUCCAUUGGAGUAGGAAAUUCAAAGAAUGAGGAAGAUGCUGUAGAAUAUAUAACCAAAGUUUGUGCAGCACUCGACGUCAAACGGCUGUCAACUGUUGAAAGAUGCAGAACGAGUAUUGAAAAGCACGUGAAUACACCGAAAGAAGACACAAUCAAAAUGACAGUUCGUUCCGACGAUAUAUGCAAAAAAAUGCUGAUUGAAAAUAUGAUCAAAACUGAAGAAAUACUGGACGACAUCUGUUUCUCAGUGUGUGAACCAGAUAUUAUCGAUGUUCUUGAUAAAAGACCACGGGAAAGGGGAACUUUUGCAUAUUACGGCUGGACAAUACAAAUAGACAAAACAGCAAAACGAUUUGUUCACGAUCCCGAAAGUCUUCGCGAAAUUACAACAUGUGCAACAUAUCUAAAUGUCUACAGUUCUGCGUUAGAAGUGAAUACGCUUUUGCAAAUUCGAGAUGUUAUGAAAUACUUAGCAAAUGAGACAAAAGCAGAAGCUGAGAGGAGAUCAAAAUUUACUGACCAAGAAAAGGAACUGUUUGAAAACUUUAAAGAACUGCAGAAGGACUUAACAAAGAAAAGCAAAGUCGAUGACGCAGACAAUCCAAACGUCGAGGUAAUUUGUGACCAGCUGACGAAAACGUUCCAGGAAAAGGGUCCAGAUUCGAGAGCUAUGGUCUUUGUAAAAGCAAGAGCAACAUGCAUAGCACUUGCGGAUAAUUUGAACAACAGAUUAGACUAUAAAGCUCAUAGUCUGUAUGGAAAAAUGCAAGUACGGUCAAUGAAAGGUAUGAGUCAGGAAGUCCAAACAGAGGUCUUGCUGAGAUUCAAUGAGGGUCGUUUUAAAAUAAUUGUAUGUACGUCUGUUGCGAUUGAAGGGAUAGACGUUCCAGAUUGCAAUAUUGUUAUCAAUUAUAACUUCUCCGGUAACGAAAUCACAAAGAUACAAAUGAGAGGAAGAAGCCGAACACAUGAUGCAUCGUCAUUGACACUUGGAAGUGAAAAGUUAGUUGAAAAAGACAAAGUGAAUGUCUACAAAGCUAACUUGAUGUACAAGGCUAUGAACACUUUUAAGAAUAUGGAUGCGCAUAAAUUGGAAAACAAACUAGAUUUUUACCAGAGAGAGGAAGUACGGAAGCAAAUCAACAAAACUGAUUUAUUAGGUUCAAUGAAAAACCGUCAGUCCACGAAAGAUAUGGAAGUGUUGUGUGUUAAGUGCAAGAAAUACAUUUGUCACACGUCUAAAAUGCGAACCCUACCUAACAAUCAACACUUCGUAAUUACGGAGGGUUUUCGUGACCAAAUUGAUAGGAAACCUCACCCAAAACCAGCCCAAUAUGCUGGAAUCGUUAAAAAAGAGAAAAUGUCCUGCAAAAAUUGCGGACAAGAGUGGGGUAUGAUUGCUGAAAAAAUAGGGUUGGACCUGUUUGUCUUGAAGCUGGAAAACCUUCUGUUCCGAGAAGAAUACAGUGGCGAUACAAAUUCAUUUCAAAAGUGGGAUCUGGCUCCGAAAAUUACUGAAUGCACUGUAGAUGAAAUUACGAAUCUUUUGGCAUACCAAACUUCAAUGAAAUGAAUUUGUGUAUGGAACCCGUUUAUACGGUGUAUAUUAGUUAUAUAGCUCAUUUUUAUUUGACAUCAAUUGUUGACAAUAUUUCAGCAACGUGAUGUUAGAAACUGGAGUAUUGUUAAGCUCACCCCUUAGGGAAAUGCUUGUUAUUAGAGGUACACUAUUCUGAAAAUUCAAGUUUAAACAUAAGUAAGGGACGUAAAUAGUAACUAUGCGUGUGCUAUCUAUGGAAAGCCGCAUUUUUCAAAAUCUCUUUUUCCCAUGGUGUAGAUAGAAUCGUGCUAUAUUCAUUGUUUAUUAACUUCUGUGGAUUAUUGAUUUUGAUAAACUGACUCUUAUUUUGUCUUUGCACUAUUUUGUUUUGUCAUUUAUUUAAUACCUCAUGAAAAGUGUAAAUUGUAUUACGAACAUUGUUCAUAAUUGUAUUUAUAUUCUUUGUUGUGUUUUGUGCAGUCUUUGUAUUAUCUUAUGAUUGAGAGUGCUUAUUACGUUGGAUAUAUAGGAUAAAUGUUUGUUUCAGUAUAAGAAAGCAAUAUAUUUUACCGAGUAAGCAUCAAAAGCUACAUGAAAUAUUUACUCUUGUUAUUCUAGUAUUGAAACAUUUAUUUCCUCUGUUUAUAUAUAGCUCAAAAGAAAAAGUAUUUAAGUUCAUUAUAAUUCCCGGAAAAGCGCCCAAAACUGAAUGCGAACGUAACUUCAUUUUCAGAAAUGAUAUCGUCGAAAAUGUGGAUCAGCCCUGUGUGCGCUGACGUUUGAUUUUGAUGAGAAACUAGAAAGUAAAAACUAUCAAGUUGUUAUUUUACUGUUUGAACCCGUAAUAAAUCUCUAUAAAUCACCGAAAUUAUUUGUAAUAUUUAUUUUUUCUUAAAUAAUAUGUGCGUUUUAAAUGCUGUUAAAGGUUAUCUAUACUGUGUUACAUAUUGUCGUAUUAUUGUGUUGAAUUUUAGAAUGCUUCUGUCUUACUUCUAAAUUGAACGACAAGCAAUGGUUUUGAAUGAAAAAAAACAACAACCACAUUUUAUUUGAAUACAAUUCACAUAACUACAUGGCUGGCAGAACAGCUUUACAGCCAAAUUGUCGAUAGGUAUAACAUUAUAUAGGGUUAAUACACCUUUUUGAGGUCGUUACCAUCUGCAAAGGCCCGCAAAAUGGUUUACAGCCCGAGUGCGUAGCACGAGGGUUGUAAACUAUUUUAAGGGCCUUUGCAGAUGGUAACGACCGAAAAAAGGUGUAUUAUCGCUAUUAUUGCAUAAAAUACACACCAUGAGAAACGUUUGUGUUUAAAAAGGCUGUUAAAUGUCACGAAAAUGCAAAAACAGUUAGUUCAAAAUAACCUCCAUAACAGGUGCUUGCGUGACGUCAUGAGUGAUGUCAUUGAAAAUAUUUUACAUUUAGCUCGAUUCGGGCCGCAACAUAUCUCGGCAGUUGCAUUUUUGUUUCGACGCCAUUUUUUGCAGUGUUCCUUCGUAGGAAAGUGUGUUUUUUGGAAAUUGACUGGAUUACUGGGAUUUUUACACACAAUACCUAUCGGGUAAUCAAUUAAUUACCGAUAUAGUUCUACUUUAACCAUUAUUUGUUUUGACAACUAAUUUAAGCCUGAAAAUUUUGUGUACUUAUUCUUGAUAAAAUGUACAGCAUCUUCAGCAUCAGUAAAAACAAAUACUUGAAUUUUCUUUGUUCAUUGCAUACGACGUAAUGGAAUCAUGUCCAUAUAAGUGGUUUGUUCUGAAUAAAAUCGACAGAAAUAACUAAAGUUCGGAGGAGUUGAACGUUUUAGACUUAAUUUAGUGCUUUUAACGCAAACAAAUAGUCAAAACAACUGCAGAAAGUACUAUCUAGUAAACACCCAUCAGCUUGCCAGGAAAAACAACUCAGAACAAAAUAUGUAAGUUAGAUGUGUUUUUUUUUAUUUGUUGAUAUUUGUUUACAGCUAUAUAUGCUGAAAUUUGUUUUUGUGCAGAAGUUGGCAUCGUUGACCCACUUUCGGUCAGAAACCAGGUCGCUCAGCUGCCAUUGAUAUGAUGCGAGCCCUGAAAGCGCUUAUGUAAAACAAAAAGCCGGUCAUUAACGGCACGUGAAUUUACUGAAUAAUGCACGUUUUCUACCGAUAACGCUCGGGUUUUUACGUUUUAACGCACCCCGGUAACGGACCGAAAACACACAUUUUAUGCAAUAAAGAUGGUUAUUGGUACAACAUUAUGUGAUUAUUUUAUAAUUACGGUUCGGAGAUUAUAUUGUUUGUUUUGAGAAUUUUUUAUUAUGACAUGCACAUUCUUUGUUAUGCUGUGAACUCGUACAAUACCUUUGAUGUUUUUUUGUUAUUUUAUGAAAGUUUUAUAGUAUUUUAUUAACACUCUUGAUUGUUGAGUAUGCAUUCUUUAUUUAUUUAUCUAACGUUCAAAAUUAAUUAUCCAACGUGUUUCAUUACCUUGUUGUGUACAUUUUGAUAUAUCCGUUUUGAAAAUAAUAAA